AUGCUCAGGUUCUAUAAAGCCUUUAUACGCUCCUGCUUGGACUAUGGAUGUCAGGUUUAUGGAUCAGCGAGACCUAAUGCACUCAAGAUGCUAGACUCAAUCCACAACUCUUCUCUAAGACUGGCCACGGGAGCAUUGCGAUCUAGCCCUGUGAUUAGUAUAUAUGCCGAAACAGGAGAGCCUCCGCUUAGUCAUAGAAGAGUUCAACUUUCAUUGAAUUACGUCCACACACUCAUGUCCAAACCUCAAAAUCCCGCCUACGACUGGGUCCUAAACAAUUCACUACACGAUCAGUUCAUUACUAAACCGAGGCACCCUGCACCAAUUGGUGUAAGAGCUAUAUCAUACAAUUCUCAGAUAGGUCUAACCGAUUACGAGGUCAGGGAGUUGCAUCAGUGCGAUGUCCCGCCUUGGUCCGUAACUCCACCAGAAAUAAUCUUGAGCCUCUCCACCUUUAAAAAACAUACGACACCGGACACCAUAUAUCAUCAAGAAUUCCGUCAAAUCUUACAACAACUCUCUCCGUGCGAUGUGAUAUACACAGAUGGAUCAAAGGAUGGUCCGAGGACAGGUUGCGCUUUUGUUACUGCGGGUAGACGAUACGGUUUCCGACUCCCCAGCGACUCCUCUGUUUACACGGCUGAACUGACAGCUAUACAGAAGACCCUGAACAUUACGUGGUCUAGAACUGGUAAGUUGGUAAUCUGCAGUGACUCUCUUAGUAGUCUGCAAGCAAUUGGCGACAUGUACUCUAAGAACAUCUUGGUUCGAAGUAUCUGGUCCUCACUACACAAGCUACAGUCGGAGGGAGUGGUUGUUAUUUUUGUCUGGGUUCCCGGACACGUAGGCAUCCAUGGCAACGAGCUGGCAGACAGAGGAGCAAAAGAAGCUUUGGAGCUCCAACCAUUCACCUUACGGAUGGUGGCAUCAGACAUCACUCCUGUGGUGAAAGCCAAGCUAAAAGCUAUGUGGAGUUCCGAAUGGCAGGCGGUCUACAACAACAAGCUAAGAAUCAUCAAAGACUGCACAAGACCUUGGGGUACAGCUCAUCGCCGGAGUCGGCGUGAGGAGGUGGUGUUGUGUCGCCUUCGUCUUGGCCACACACUGCUCUCUCACGGCUUCCUUAUGAAUCGAGGGGACCCACCGAUUUGCGCCACAUGCGACACUGUUAUUACAGUGAAGCAUGUGCUGGUCGACUGUCCUUGCUACUCAAGGUGCCGUCGAGCUAUCAAUCUGCCAGCUUCGUUAAGGGAUGUGCUAGGUGAUGACGAAAACUGUUGUGAGGAGGCUCUUCGCCUUUUUAACAGCAUCCUCCCUAGUAAGCAAGAUUUAAUUUUAAUUAUUUAUUCCUCCAUACUUUGA